GCGUGAGUCAGGCCGCGUCGGUCACACCCAUCCCCGGCUCUCCCACCUCCCAAACCGCCCGCCAUGUUCUGGAGGAGGAGAAACAUUUAGCUUACCAUUAGCAUUAGCAACACUUUGGCUAGGCGGAGGCGCAACAAGCUCGCCGCAAUAAGUACACUAUCUUGAUUUUUUUCUCCCCUUUUUUUAUUUUUUUAAACGUCUGGAAUUUGAGGAACGCGUUUUAGGGUCUACAGCCCUGGACUCUUAUUUAAAUCAAACCCAGUUCGAAAUAAACGGUAAUGGCACGGUCGCAAGCACUGUCGGCACUUUGUGUGCGGAAAUGGUUUUAACAGACAUUGUUCUGGAGGACUCAGGAACACUGCACUGGCCUGAAGAAGCCUCAUAGACUCUUACUAAUCCAGCACAAAGUUAUUUGUUUUCGGACCAGGAGCCCUUAGACUGACACGCAGCUUUUUGCAUAAAUACGCAAAACCUGUGGCGUGAGCGCUCCUGUCGGUGCCAGAGUUGAAACUGUUGAUCUCCUGCGCGUUCCGCCUCAACCGCCACAAUGCCAAGCUCCACCAUCCGCCGCCAAAUGAAGAACAUGGUGAACAACUACUCUGACGCAGAAAAGAAAGUCAGAGAGGCGACCUCCAAUGACCCCUGGGGCCCCUCAUCUUCACUCAUGUCGGAAAUCGCCGACUUAACUUACAACGUGGUGGCCUUCAGUGAGAUCAUGAGCAUGAUCUGGAGACGACUCAAUGACCACGGCAAGAACUGGCGCCAUGUCUACAAAGCGCUCACCCUCCUCGACUACCUGAUCAAGACCGGCUCGGAGCGAGUGGCGCUGCAGUGCAAGGAGAACAUCUUUGCCAUCCAGACUCUGAAAGACUUCCAGUAUGUUGACAGAGAUGGUAAGGACCAGGGCAUCAACGUGAGGGAGAAGAGCAAGCAGCUCGUGGUCCUUCUCAAAGACGAAGAUCGUCUCAAAGGAGAGCGGUCUCAGGCUUUGAAGACCAAAGAGCGUAUGGCCCAGGUGUCCACGGGGAGCAAUCAGAUGGGCUUUGGUCGAGGCUCAUCCCAGCCCAAUCUCUCGACUUCCUACAGUGAAGAGUACGGCAGGUCGGAGGGCUCGCCUGCUUCCUACCAUGGAUCCACAUCUCCCAAUGCGGGAUCAGAGUUGGAGCAAGCCAGACCUCAGACGAGCGGUGAGGAGGAACUACAGUUGCAACUGGCUCUGGCCAUGAGCAGAGAAGCAGCAGAGCAGGAGGAGCGCAUCCGCAGAGGGGACGAUCUAAGACUACAGAUGGCCUUGGAGGAGAGCAAGAAGGGAGGUCCGGACUCUGGCAAACUGGCACACAAGAAAAAAGAGCCGCAGUCAUCCCUGAUGGAUUUAAUGGAUGUUCCAGAACCAGGUGCCAGUGCUGACCCCUGGGGUGCAGGAGCUCUGUCCAAAGGAGACCCCUGGAAACCUUAUGGUUCUGCUUCUAAGUCGGCAGCCUCAGCGGACCCGUGGGGGGCUCCUACCUCACUUCCAGCCGUGAAGAGCAGUGAUCCAUGGGCAUCAAACUCCACUCCCCCAUCUGAUCCCUGGGGGUCGGCCGCUACUCGGCCCAAGGCUUCCAACGCAGGUAGCUUUGACCUGUUCAGUGAAUCCAAUGGUACGUCCAAAGAGGACUUCUCAGAGUUUGACAGCCUGCGUUCCUCCUCCUCUGUCCCUGCUGGUGAUGGUGGUAUAGCAUCCUCUGUUCCAUCCCAAGCCAGUCUUGCCAGCAGCAGCAGUUUGGACAUCUUUGACCCCCUUCCCACAUCCAGCUCUACUUCUUCAACCAGGAAGACUCCAGAGUCUUUCCUGGGGCCCAACGCUGCCUUGGUCAACCUGGAUUCUCUUGUGACCAAACCAGCCCAACCUGCACCAGCGUUCAACCCAUUCUUGGCUUCCACAGGUGGCGCCGCGGCAGCCUCCGCCACCCCUGCCAACCCCUUCCAAGUGAGCCAACCGGCCCCUCCAACCCUCAACCAGAUGCGAGUCAGCCCCAUGCCUUCGGGGUUCGCCAGCGGCAUGGCCGAUUCCAUGGCCGUAUCCUCCUUGCCCACUCAACCCAUCUCCAUGGUCCCAUUAGCAGGCAUGGCCCCCGUGGGACGCCCGAUGGGCGCUAUGCCCCAGCCACUGAUGAGCACGCACCCCCAGGCUGGGUCGCAACCCACCGGAGCCACCAACCCAUUCCUUUUGUGAAGGGAUGACUGCAGGACAACGUGCACGCAGAACACCCCCCCCCCCCCCCACCCCCCCAUCUCUACAAAGCUUCAUGGAGAAGUUGUCUCGUCCCAUGUAUCCCUUUUCUAACCAACCCCCCAGCAAGUUCGUAGACACUGUGGCAUCCUUUUAACAUUACCACACGCUUCCUCCUCUCCUUGUGCUACAAACUGCCUCGUCCCAUGUGUUCCAUUUCGAUGCGACACUGAUGUAGAUCACUGUCCACUUGGCAUCAGAGCUAGAGUAGCAGGGGUGUUUACAUUCCCCCCCCCCCUCGGGCCCCCACAGAGGCAGGUGAAGCCCCUUGUCCCUCACCCUCCUCCCUUCCUCCGUAGGAUUGCUCCUUUCUUCUGUGGGGUGACGGAAGCCUGACUCUACUAACGCCAGGAUCUUAUCUCGUCACUAGAGCUAAUCUUUUAUAAGCCCCGUCAGCUGAAUAGUGUGCGCAUGUAGGCACACGCGUGUAUGUGUGUGAGAGUGGGUGCACAUAUUUGUGCUAUUACACUGUGUAUUUCCCAGUAAGUCUUUCCUUCACUUUCUGGCGUUUGAAUGAUAAGAGACCGUCAGAUAUGUUUAUACUCUGUGUGUGUUCCGAAGCAGGGAUUUUGCACAUUUCGUUGGCUUUUUAUUUUUUACUAAUAAUUUACGCGACUGUUGGGCUCACCGCGACACCUUAGCGUAGCCAAGGAGGCUAGCUGUAAAACGGGGCGUGACGGCUCAAACUUGGACUUUUUCUGUACCACUCCCAUCACAGUGCUGGGCACGCCAUUGAACAUGCUGACCAACACGGAUCGCGGUAUUAAACUGUGGGAAUGCUUCUCAAAGGAGACGAACCCCCGCUAGCCGAGUGAUUAAGUGGCAUGGCAUGCUCGCAGUUAACUUGUCAAUGCCCUAAUCCUGUAACUCCCAUGUGAUAUACGACAUUAAGGCCACACCCAAAUGUGCGUUGAGACAUAAAUAUAUUCAAUGUCACAGUGUCAGUAUUCAAGCACAUAAGUAGGCGUUGUCGGGGAAAAAAAAGUUUUGUUAUUGUACUAGGGUCAAAGGGAAGAGGGAGCGCGUGCAUAGUUUGAACGGGAGAUACCAGCUUCCACGUGUACUUGAAUGCAAAACUUGUGGCGGUUACCUGUUUGUCUGCAGCAUCUUGUGUUGGCACGCUUCAAUCAGCAACUUAAGAGGGUGGAUUCAUUGCCACGCAGUCGAAGAGCAAACUGUGUUCCAUGGAGGAGUUACGAGGUCUUUUUUUCAUGGUUAGAUUUUACUAUUUACUCAUUCGGAUCCUUUUUCUGUCGUUGAGGUGUUUACUAGCUGCAUAUUUCAGUCUGCAUCGGGUCAUCUUAGUGUUUUACCUUAUGGGUCAGCCAUUCACUUCUCUUAGAAGCAACAACUGUUACCAAAGUCACAGCGACUGAUCUCCAAGUCUGAGCGCCCCAACGCCCCCGCCACCCAAAAACCCAGCAUCAGGUCACACUUCCGUUUUUUUUUGUUCGCCGACGUGCACACACCAUUGUUGCUUUCCACAACAUUUUUUUAAAGUUUGUGCAAAAAUGAAUACUGGAGGAUUACUUUGUAGAGAAACAGAGCGUAAUAAGAGAUGAUGGAGACAACUCACUGCCAAUAUUUAUAGUUCCCCCUUGGUGGGCUGCCACCCCCUCCCAUCUGCUGUGCUAUGCUAGUUUGAACAGGACACUUCAGUCUUGCUCUAAAGGCAUGCAUUUCUCCGGCAAAUGGAGGGGCGGCUUCAACUGCACGCGAUGGAUAAAGCAGUGGAAAGCUGGUGUAUUCUUUUUUUUCUUGGCUCGUGGAUGGGUGAUAGGUGGAUUGAGUGCAUACAGCCCAAUGAAACCGUUAAAUCGCAAAACAAAUAAUAUAUGCAAACAGUGCGGUCAGUUCAUGUUACAAAGAGAUGUUUUGCAAAGAUGGCUUUGCUAAUAUGAAUUUAUUGAACGGCGCCUCGCAGACAAACUGUUAAGUCACCCUCCUUGAUUUCACUAACGUUGAAGCGAUGAUGGAAAACAAAAAUGUUGGAUGACACUGCAAAUGACCACUUUUUUUUUUUCUGACUGUUUCACAGUGGCGGUGUGGUUCCGUAAUGGCCCGUGUGUGACAAGCUGAUGAUGCAUCACUUUGUAUUCGCUAUGCUUUUAUUGAGAGAAUACCUGACCUUACAGACUGUCUUUGUAUGCAUUAAUAGCCACCUUUUUAUUCUUCUGCACGUCUGUCUAGUUACUCUUCUCAUAGUGCUGGGAGCAGGCUGCUUUUUAUUCGAUACGUGCUCAAUCUGACGGCAUUAUAUCUGUAUAAUAUAAUUUAUCAUUUGUACUAUUGUAACAUACCGUUCUUUUUUUGACCUUUAUUAUUCAGUGUAAUGGGUUUUUGUAGGACACGUCACCGUGGAAUCUUAACGGCAUCUAAAUAAACGAGCACAGCAGGGCGCCCCCUGUUGGUUGAGGAUGAGUGUAGCUGCAUUGGUUUAAAGUAAAUGUAUAUCACAUCAACUCUGUAA